AUGGCCCAAUACCACAACACGGCCGCAUCCAACUUGAGCCCGACGAGCUCCAAUAAUCCCUCCACUGCUACCGCGACCGCAAACGCUGCCGCCGCUGCGGCGGGCCAGGCUUCCACCCCCCAGCACAAACGUGUAUACCAAGCUUGCAUCCCGUGCCGUCGGAGAAAGGUCCGUUGCGACCUGGGCAGCGUCGACAAUCCCCACGACCCCCCUUGCGUACGAUGCCGUCGCGAGAGCAAAGAAUGUUAUUUCAGCGCAACGAGGAGGAAGCGCAAGGCCGAGGACGGCGAGGAUCCCGAGCCCGAGGACGUCGAUGACUACACAAUCCGCAAUGGCCGUAAGCGCGUUCACGUCAGCGGCAGCCCGCCUGUCGCCAUCGACAAACGCCUCUACAGCGAGGUGCCCUUGACCCCCGGAGGCUCCAUGGGUAGGAACCAACCUCUGCGCCGCCCUACCGACGACGGCACCCCGAGCACCACGAGCCAGGCCGACAGCCGUCAGCGGAGCGACUACGUCGUCGACGACGAACCCAACGCCCAGCUUGAGAACCGCGAGGCCCAGGACCUCAUGCGACCCGGCGUCUACGGACCCCACGAUGCUUUGGAUCUGCUUUACAAGGCGGCCACCGAUAGCCCUGUGACCAACAACCACAAGCGUCAUGAAAGUGUCGCUUCCAUACCCGCCAUACCCCAGCAGCCCGUCAUCGUCACGCCCGGUGCGACGAUGAAGCCCAUGGGCAAUGGUAAUGGACGUCCCUCGGUUCCCGUGGCACUUGAGCCGCAGCCCAUCGACCCGGCCCUGACGAGACGUGAUCUGUCUGGCGAGCCUGGCUACCAGGACGCCAUCAAGGCCUGGGGGAGGUUCAGAUUUGUCAGAGCCGGCUGGUUUUCUGCGCAAGAAGCCAUUGAUUAUAUUGACUACUACUACGAAUACCUCUCUCCACUUACACCAAUCUCUCCACCGACCUUCCGCAACCCUGCAUCUCACAUCACCUUGCUCACAGAAGAGCCAAUCCUCACCAUCACACUUCUCACCAUCUCCUCACGGUAUCGCAAGAUUCCCGGGACAGGCGGUCAAUGUCGGUCCAACGCCAUUCACGAACAGCUCUGGACAUAUCUCCGGGGCAUGAUUGAGAGAUGUCUGUGGGGCCAAGAGGCGUUCGGGGGUGGGCUCGCAGCCAUGGCUGGCGCCUCAUCUGUUCCCGACGAUCAAACAAGCAGCACCGCGCCCUGGCGUGGAAUGAGGAAAGGCAGUCUGCGGACUUUGGGUACUAUCGAAUCCCUGAUGAUUCUCACAGAGUGGCACCCUAGAGCCCUCCACUUCCCGCCGGCUGAGGCCAUUGACGAGCUCAUGCUUCCGUCAUAUGAAGGCAGUGACCUGAUCAGCACAGACGAGCACGGCAACCAGCGACCGUCCGCUAACAUCGGCGGUAAGCGACUGGACAGCUGGCUCGAACCAGCUUGGAGAAGUGACAGAAUGUGCUGGAUGCUUCUCAGCACUGCCAUGGGUCUUGCGUACGAGCUUGGCGUGUUCGAUGACAUUGAUGAGCUGCUGCGCGACGGUGCCAUCUCCCGCCCCGAGUACGAGGAAGAGGUGUACCGUCAACGGGCGUACCGCAUCAAGCGCCUUCUGUUGAUCUAUCUGUCCCAGCUCGCCGGUCGUCUUGGUUGGACAAGCAUGGUUCCCGAGGGCUUGCGCAAGAGCGAUCCGGCCGUAACCCGUCGCCGCCCAACAUCCACAGAGGGCACAACGCCUGGCACCAACCAAUCGUCCAUGUCAAACGCCUUCAACUACAUCCCAGACCUAGAGCUCGAUGACCAAAUAAUACACUGCUGGGCUGGCAUAAGCAAUGCGAUGCACAUUGGCAACGAAAAGUUUUUCAAAUCCCGCAAGCACACCACCGAUAUCAUUCAGAGCGGAAAAUACACUGAGAUGCUCAAAGACUUCCACCCGCUACUCCAAGACUGGUGGAAAGAAUUUGAGCGCUUCAGGCUACCCCCUUACAUCAGACACAUUCUGACCAUCGAGUACGAGUAUGUACGCAUCUAUGUCAACUCACUUUCUUUGCAAGCUGUCGUUGAACGGUGUACCAACAACGCCGGUCACACGGCGCAUGCGGGACACGGCACCCACGGUAACCACAACGCCGGAAGCGCGGCACAGCUGUCUCCCCAGACACAAAACUAUUUUGGCAAGCUGCCUCUGGGCCAGCUGGGUGGCUUCGGCGCUAGUGACCAGGAGUACAUAAAAGAGGUUAUUAGCGGCUGCCGUAAUUUGCUCCGGACAGUCGUCGAAGGUCUCCUGCCGGGCGAUUACCUCAAGCACGCCCCCGUGCGGACAUACUUCCGCAUAAUCAGCGGUGCCAUGUUCUUGCUCAAGACCUUUGCUCUUGGUGCUCCACGGUCGGAUGUCAAGCUUAGCAUUGAUUUGAUGGACGAGACUGUCAAGGCACUUCGUAAUUGCAUCGUUGACGAUGUUCACCUGGGGAUUCGAUUCGCAGAUCUUCUCGACUCCCUGACAAGCCGGCUCCGGAACCGUUUCAUCCAGGCUCCGGCUUUGGGACUUGGGUCUGCGGACGGAAGGAGUCCGGACCCUCACGGCGUGACAAAUGGCGCCGCUGCCAACGGCCAGCCGAUUAACGGUCCCGAGGGUCAGUCAUGGGCGAACCACGCCUCAAAGUUACAGGAUGGGCUCAACGCACAUGACGACCCCGCCAACAUUUCCGCAACACCCUUCGACCUUAGCACGGGUACCUUUCCCUACCCCUCAGGCGCAGCCUCGGUCCUGGGCCCCUCUACGCCUGCACCGCCACCCGAGAACGGCGGAGCCGCAAACGCCAAUGGCGGCACCAACAACAACGCACCAUCGUCCACGACGGGAGGCAUGGAAAGCCUCUUUGACUCGACCGACUGGAAUAACCCGGGCAAUGAGAUGUGGUACCUCCCACCCGGGCCGGCCUUUUUCCAAAACAUGGACAACACAGCCGUCGCCAUGACGGCCGAGGGUGUCAACGUAGGCGGUCUCGAUCUCCUCGAGUACAUGGCCAUGGACACUGGCUUCCCCGUCCUCGACGGUCCUUCGUCGUUCCCCUGA